AUAUUUGAACCUGGUCAUAAAGGAGUCGACACCUACUGACCUACGGCCAACACUCGAAGCAGAGGGAGCCCCUAUAAAACAGCCCACGCUGGCACCCGGCCGGCAGAGCUGCGACCAGCUGAGGACGGACCCUCGUCGCCACCAUGAACUUCUCCGGCAAGUACGAACUGCAGAGCCAGGAAAACUUCGAGGCCUUCUCAAAGGCCGUUGGUCUGCCCGACGACCUCGUCCAGAAGAGUAAGGGCACUAAGGAGGUGACAGAAGUCGUGCAGAACGGGAAGCAUUUCAAGUUUACUGUCACUGCUGGGCCCAAAGUGUUCCAGAACGAGUUCACUGUGGGUGAGGAGAGUGAGAUGGAGACCAUAACCGGGGAGAAGGUCAAGGUAGGAGCUCCCCUCUCUAACCCUCCUCUGCUUCCGGAACCUUCCCUGGAGCCUG